AUGCUGGGCCUGGACCUUCGAGAUAGUCGCUUGAAAGAUGUUAUUGUUCCUAAUCAGCUGUUAAAAGCUCUUGUACUUUUGAAGUCCGGCAAAACCACGGAAGCUGUUACUUUGGCCGAGGAGAUUAUUGCUGCCUACCCAACAGAUGAGUCUACACUCAACGUUGUGAUGUGUUACUUUCGUGAGACUGGGCAGACACAUCGAGAAGCUGAAUACCUGAAGACUGCUCUUAAAAAGUGCCCUGAUCGUGAAGACUUGCUCGUUUAUCUCUUCCUGAAUCAGGUACAGUCGGGUAGCUUUGCUGAACAGCAGACUACGGCUCGGCUUCUCUCUCAACAAUUUCCUUCUCGCUUGUACAUAUAUUGGGUGAUUGUAAGCACUACCAUGCAAGCCGAAGCCGAUCCUGUCCUAGGCAAGCGGAUGUAUCUCCCACUGGCUGAAAAGAUGCUUCUUCGUGAAGUCAGUGCAAAUAAGAUGAGAAAGCAUUCGGAGUUCCAACUUCUGCUAGACGUCCUUCGACGUCUGGAGAAACAAAAUGAUGCUCUGCAGUUUUUGAAUAAUAGUACUCUCACUGAUCGACUUGACGAAUUGGACUAUCGCUGUGAUUAUUCCAUUGAACGUUUGAAUCUUCAUGUUGCGCUUGACCUAUGGGAGGGUGCUUUCAAGCUUGGCGAGGAGAAGCUCAACCAAAAUCCAAACGACUGGAACACAUGGAAGUGUCUGAUUGAAUUAUCCACUGCACAAAGUACCCGUGACCUCAAUGCGCUUCGUAUCGAUCGCUUGGAUUCAUUGCUCAGCACCUUUAUGGACAGACAUCCAAGCGUUCGCGGCCCUCACUUGGCCAGAUUGGAUCUGUCAGCAAACCUGCUGCGUCGAGGCUGGGAUCUUCCACACAAUACGGAUGUCUCCUCCCUACUAUAUUCGUAUAUAAACAAAUUCGCCGUUAAACCGAUUUGUGCAUUUGAUGUGGCCUAUUUGCUCCCGUUGUUUCUACCCUCUGAGGCAGAGGUAACUCAGUUCCUUUCAACUCUAAUGCGCGAUAACGCGGAAACGGAAAUACAGGUCCCAUCUGAUAGCAAACAAACUUAUCGCCAUCUGUGUGCCUACCAGGUUGCGCGCGCCAACAGGUAUCCAGUAUCUCUGAUCGACCUCAUACAGACGUAUUUCGCCUUUGUGCCCGAACGGGCCACUUUCCCUCCUAAUCUCCCCAAACAACUUGGCGAUGAACAGGCCAAUGCAAGUGCUGUUGAUCUCUGUCCAGCUGACGGGUUUUUGCUGCUAAUCCUUUCCACACUCUCGGAAAACCCGACAUUCCCUACGGUUUCCCGUGGACCCGGUGCGCUUGCGUUGGCCUUACUAGCAGCCUAUUGGGUCGAGUACUCGGGAGUUGCACGUGCCUCGAACAACCACCAUUUCCGUUUACGUCUCUGUUCUCUCUUCUCGCCACAUGCACUGGCCUGUACAGAUAUGUCAUUGGCCCAGACCGAUAGGCUCGAUGUGAAGCAGUUAUUAUAUGUCUCACUUGGCUACACGAUUAUCGGUGCCAAUCCAAUUCUUACUCUGUGGUCUAGCAUUCAGUCACAAACUAGCCAACACCAGCAACAGACAGAUACAUCUCCGAUGUUCGCAUUUCAUCAUCAUAUUCGCGAUCUUUCCGGUGUUACUGUAAACGAAGCAAGAGAUGGCAUUUUGGCGGCCUAUCGACGUGGUGCCUAUGUGAAAGUUCGUGAGUUCACCCAAUUCGCCGAUCGGCUUCAUCAUGCGGACGUCUUUCUGACGACACGAAUAGAGCUUCUGUACUGGCAGCUUGCUGUGGUACCAGAUAAUUUCGAUUCCCUACUUGAAUUAAUGGGAUCGGCGACGAAGGAGCUGCAAACAGUGACUGAACGACUGGAGGGUAUUGUCGACUGCCGAGAUUUCUCCGUAUCUCCAAAUUUCGAUCCCCCCUUUACAGACAAACACACGCAACAAGGUUCUUUUGUUCACCUGGUGCGAUGGCUGCAUCUUCGACUUGGCACUGUCCGUAUACUUCACAAAUGCUCCGAAUUGGUAAUGGGUUCAGUGAACCUGGGAGACCAGCUGUGUUCAUCUGGUUUGCCGGAUUCACCCAUCGGAUUGGAUGAACGCUCGACAAAAGCUUGUGAACAGUUGGAUCGGUUUCUAAAUACGGACCUGAAAAAGCUGUUGGUCGAAACUCCUUGUCUGUACGGCAACAUGGCGGACUGGACUCUUGAGAAGUUGAUCGAGAGCCUUGUACUCCCACCGGAGCAUUUGUUCACUGCUCCACCAAGGCUACCCACCACUCAAAUGGCUACACUUUAUUUACACGGUCCGUUUGGCCAGGUGCUCGAUGCGGGUGUCCGUCUUGUACUCGGACUCUAUCGGUUACUAUCUCAAGGAGAAGAGUACUUUCCCGCAGAGCAAGAGAGGGAACUUUUGUGCCUUAUCAAAGGCGACAGUUCAGACCUAUCAGCACAAGAGACACCCUCUGGGUUCCUUCAUUCUGUCCUGAAGGAUGUAUCCUCCCUUGAAAAUAUUGGAAAGGCAUAUCUCUUUACUGAGAAUGCUUGUCAUCCUGCUGGGGUUAUCCUGCUUCUGGGUGCACUGUUCGAAACACUUGCGUUGCAGUGCCUUUUUCUGUCAAUGAUUCGGAGUAUUCUUCUUCCUAGAAGUCACUUUCACCUGCGGUCCGGGAAACAGCAACGUCGUAAGGCAAACAAAGCACAAAGGGGGAAACAUACGGGAGGUGCCGAUCGGCGAAAUCAUGUAGAUGCGUCAGGCCCCUUAGAGAAGCGGUUGGACAUCCUUGGUUCGCGUGUCUUUGCUGCUGUCAGUGAUAUCUCUGUGACGACUCAAAAAUUAGCUUCUGUGACUGAAGCCUGGACACAGUGGGCCAAAACGCAUGCUUGUGAGGAGUUCCAUCAGUUGGCAUCACAAUUUAGCCACCACUUGCUAUCAGAGGAGAUGGUGGAAAAAUAUCCGGUGUUGGUUCCCGACUCCCGGACUUCUUUGUUCAAAGAGAUCGCAAAGAGUCAUGAGAAAACCUUUGAUCGUCUUCUCACUGGGUUUCGCAUGAAGCAAGCAGGUCUCACGCGGUUGCAGAAUGAACUCCUCAUCUACGAACAAUGUGUAAAAAAGAUGUCAGAAUGUCUGUUGGACGAAUCCGCUUCUUGAAACUCCUAUCCAACCACCAUCUACGAUCUCCUCGCGUUGUCGCUCAACUAUCGCCCUGGGGGUUGGAAUUCACUCCAGCAAAUACAAAACUCCCUGGAGUUCCAGAAUAUCCCUGCCUAUUUUAUGCUUCAUGUUACAUGGAGUAAUCAAUCCUGAAUCACUAGUUAUCUUCUGAG